GAAACUGGGCGGCAGAAGUACUUCCGGGAUAGGAGAGGUUGGCCCCGGCAAGAUGGCGGCCCCCUUGGAGCUCAGUUGCUGGGGAGGGGGCUGGGGGCUCCCGUCGGUCCACAGCGAGUCCUUGGUGGUAAUGGCUUACGCCAAAUUUUCUGGCGCACCCUUGAAAGUCAGUGUCAUAGAUAACACCUGGAGAGGUUCAAGAGGAGAUGUACCAAUUUUGACCACUGAAGACAAGAUUGUCUCUCAACCAGCAAAAAUACUGAACUUUUUAAGAAAACAGAAAUAUAAUGCUGAUUAUGAACUCUCAGCAAGACAAGGGGCAGAUACCCUGGCUUACAUUGCUCUCCUUGAAGAGAAACUUCUUCCUGCAGUGCUUCACACAUUCUGGGUUGAGAGUGACAAUUACUUUACUGUGACAAAGCCAUGGUUUGCUUCACGAAUUCCCUUUCCCUUGAGUUUGAUCCUUCCUGGAAGAAUGUCAAAGGGAGCACUGACUAGGAUUCUCCUGACCAGAGGAGAGCCUCCCCUCUACCACCUCCGAGAAGUGGAAGCACAGAUAUACAGAGAUGCCAAGGAGUGCCUAAAUCUUCUGUCAAACAGAUUGGGAACAUCUCAGUUUUUCUUUGGAGAUACGCCUUCUACCUUGGAUGCCUAUGUGUUUGGUUUUCUCGCGCCUCUUUAUAAAGUACGCUUCCCUAAAGUUCAGUUACAAGAACAUUUGAAACAGCUCUCCAACCUGUGUCGCUUUUGUGAUGACAUCCUAAACACUUAUUUUAGGCUUAGUCUUGGAGGCAUCUCUCCUGCUGGACAAGAAACGGUAGAUGCAAAUCUGCAGAAACUCACACAGCUUGUAAAUAAGGAAUCCAACUUGAUUGAAAAGAUGGAUGACAAUCUUCGCCAAAGCCCUCAACUUCCUCCUCGGAAACUGCCAACACUUAAAUUGACUCCAGCAGAAGAAGAAAGCGAUUCCUUACAACGGCUAUCACCCUGACAGACAGCCUGCUUUGUGUCCAAAGUCAUAUGAUCAUUGCAGUAAUCUCUUAUACUAAUUGUGUGAAAACAAAAAGAAAAUGCUGCUAAUAGGUAUGAGGAAGACUCUAAAGCAAGAGAAACUUUCUGUGACAUCUAUUUUUUUAAAUUAGGAAGCUUGUCUUUUAGCUGGCAAUGCACUUUAAAUACCACCAAAAUAAAUACUAAAUGAAC